AAGAGGGGAAGGAGGCAGAGCUGGGGGCUGCGCUCGGAGAAGGGCUUGGAUCUAAAAGCUGCUGCCAUGUGUGGUCUGGCAGGAGCCAGCCGGGUGCGGGUAUUUUUUUUGGGAGCUGACGCGAGUGCCGUGUUUUGCUCGCCGGCCUCCCAGUGGCUACUGGCCGUGCUGGGCAGUGGAGGAGACGCUUGGACCAGGGUGGCAGGAGAGCGAAUAACUGCUGGAGAGGUACCAGACCACCUUCCCCGGCUUUGGAUGCUGAAUCAGGAUCGUUUUAACUAAAGAUGGAAACACUGGAGUCAGAAUUGACCUGCCCAAUCUGCCUGGAGUUAUUCGAAGACCCUCUCUUGCUGCCCUGUGCCCACAGCCUCUGCUUCAGCUGCGCCCACCGUGUCCUGGUCUCCAGCUGCUCCUCCAGCGAGUCCAUCGAGCCCAUCACCGCCUUCCAGUGCCCCACGUGCCGCUAUGUCAUCUCCCUCAACCACCGGGGCCUGGAGGGCCUCAAGAGGAAUGUGACCCUGCAGAACAUCAUCGACCGCUUCCAGAAGGCCUCCCUGAGCGGCCCCAACUCCCCCAGCGAGAGCCGCCGCGAGAGGACCUACCGCAACAGCCCUACCAUGUCCGUGGCCGGCGAGCGGAUCGCCUGCCAGUUCUGUGAGCAGGACCCCCCGCGGGACGCCGUGAAGACCUGCAUCACCUGCGAGGUGUCCUACUGCGACCGCUGCCUGCGGGCCACCCACCCCAACAAGAAGCCCUUCACCAGCCACCGGCUGGUGGAGCCGGUGCCCGACGCCCACUUCCGAGGACUCACGUGCCUGGAGCACGAGAACGAGAAGGUGAACAUGUACUGUGUUGCUGAUGACCAGCUCAUCUGUGCCUUAUGUAAACUGGUGGGCCGCCACCGGGACCACCAAGUGGCAUCCCUCAGCGACCGCUUUGAGAAGCUGAAGCAAACCCUGGAGACGAACCUCACCAACCUGGUUAAACGCAACAGCGAACUGGAGAACCAGAUGGCCAAGCUGAUACAGAUCUGCCAGCAAGUGGAGGUGAACACGGCCAUGCACGAGGCCAAGCUGAUGGAGGAGUGUGAUGAGCUCAUGGAGAUCAUCCGCCAGCGCAAGCAGGUCAUCGCUGUCAAGAUCAAGGAGACCAAGGUGAUGAAGCUGCGGAAGCUGGCCCAGCAGGUGGCCAACUGCCGGCAGUGCCUGGAGCGCUCCACGGUCCUCAUCAACCAGGCAGAGCACAUCCUGAAGGAGAACGACCACGCACGGUUCCUGCAGACGGCCAGGAACGUGGCUGAGAGGGUCGCCAUGGCAACCGCAUCCUCUCAAGUUCUGAUACCAGAUAUCAAUUUUAAUGACGCCUUUGAAAACUUCGCUUUAGAUUUUUCCAGAGAGAAGAAGCUGCUGGAGGGGCUGGAUUAUCUGACCGCGCCGAACCCGCCGUCGGUGCGGGAGGAGCUGUGCACGGCCUCCCACGACACCAUCACCGUCCACUGGAUCUCGGAGGACGAGUUCAGCGUCAGCUCCUACGAGCUGCAGUACACCAUCUUCACCGGGCAGGCCAACUUCAUCAGUCUCUACAACUCCAUGGACAGCUGGAUGAUCGUCCCCAACAUCAAGCAGAACCACUACACUGUCCACGGGCUCCAGAGCGGCACCCGCUACAUCUUCCUGGUGAAGGCCAUCAACCAGGCGGGCAGCAGGAACAGCGAACCCGCCCGGCUCAAGACCAACAGUCAGCCCUUUAAGCUUGACCCCAAGAUGGCUCACAAGAAGUUGAAGAUCUCCAAUGACGGGCUGCAGAUGGAGAAGGAUGAGAGCUCCUUGAAGAAGAGCCACACGCCCGAGAGGUUCAGUGGGACAGGAUGCUAUGGUGCGGCAGGCAACGUCUUCAUCGACAGCGGCUGCCACUACUGGGAGGUGGUGGUGGGAUCCUCCACCUGGUAUGCCAUCGGCGUGGCUUACAAGUCGGCCCCCAAGAACGAGUGGAUCGGGAAGAACUCCUCCUCUUGGGUCUUCUCCCGCUGCAACAACAACUUCGUGGUGAGGCACAACAACAAGGAGAUGCUGGUGGAGGUCCACCCGCAGAUGAAGCGCCUCGGCGUCCUCCUGGAUUACGACAACAACGCCCUCUCCUUCUACGACCCGGCCAACUCCCUCCACCUCCACACCUUUGAGGUCUCCUUCAUCCUGCCGGUGUGUCCCACCUUCACCAUCUGGAACAAAUCCUUGAUGAUCCUGUCGGGUCUGCCCGCCCCGGACUUCAUAGAUUACCCCGAGCAGCAGGAGUGUAACUGCAGGCCCCAGGAGUCCCCGUACGUAUCAGGGAUGAAAGCCUGUCACUAGGCUGCCCUCGCCCUGCCCUGCCCCGCGGUGGCACCGGCCGUGCCGGAGGGUGCCGAUGGUCGGAGCUGGCCACCGGGAGCUUGCUGGUAGCCGUGCCCGAGAGCCUCCCCGCAGCCGUGACGCCCCAGCCAGCGAGCGCCUUCCCCCAGCAGCUCAGUUACGUUUUUUAAGGGGAAAGAGGAGGAACCUCAAACCGCGGCUGAGAAUAAACUCCUGCUGGCCAGCCCCGCUUGCGUACCGCUGCGGCUUGUGCGACUCCUUGGGGGUCUGCUCCCAUCUCUCCCGGAGCAGGACGUCACCUGGAUGGUCUUGUCUUCCCUUGGGGGCUGGAAAGGCUGGGGUGGGUUUUUGGGUGACCUUCUGAGGUGUUGCUGUGGUCAGGGGGACGUCUCGCGUGUCCCUGUGAGGCACAGAUGGGGUUGGCUUCCCUGAGCCCAUUGGUAGCUUGUCUGGAGAGCCAGGUGGGACCCCAGCAUCACUUCUGGGGGGGGGUCUCUGUUUGGCUGAAGUUUGGCAGCUUCUCUGGUGCGGUAGAUAAUCUGGACUCCUGGCACUUGGUGAGUGCAGGCGGUGGUUGUGUGGUGGGUGGUGGGUGGCGGUUGUGCGGUGGUUGUGCACUGGUUGUGCACUGGUUGUGCGGUGGUUGUGCAGUGGAUGCUCUGCGGGCGUGAAGGCGGCGCUGGGAAGGCCGGUCCCGCUGCCUCUCCCGGCCGUGUUCCCUGAGCUUGGUGAGGGUUGCAGUCCCACCAUGGAGGGCAGCCAGCCCUGGACCACCAGCCCACCGUGUCUCCUCCUUCAGGAGCUCACCAGGAGUCAGGGGGCCCCCCACCCUUAAGGACCAAGCCGAGGAGCAUCUUGCUCCUGGCCCAGAGGUUUGGCAGAUGCGUUUCCUGGGGCAGGGUCAGGCCGGCUCUGUCCCACCACGUGUAGACCUCCAGGAGUUCCAUGCCUGGUGUCCCUGCAGGAAAAGCACAUCUCCCCACGCGCAUCCCGGGUCAGGUCCUGCCCAAAGACCCCUCUCUGUGCUUUAUGACCCAAAAUCUCAAUUUAUGACCCCAAGUCUUGGCUCUUGGUUUGUUCUCCACCAUGGUGGUGUGAGCGUGGAGCCGUCUGGUUUGCUCUGUGGCAGAGGACGAAUCCAUCCCAGGGGCUCCAGCUCCUGGUUACGGGGCUCUUUGGCUGCGACCAGUGCUCCCAGUAACCACAAGCACCAAGUCCCCCAGCCAAGCCUCAGUUUCCACAUUUGCUUAAAAGCCAGGAGGAGCCAGUCCAGUCCCACCGGCCCCUGUGUCGCAGGGAGUAAGGACCCAGCAUGGGCACCUGCAGCCAGGGUCGGUGGCACAAUUCAGGGCAGGUGGGUGUCCAUGUUGCACCCAGGGCCGGUGGCACGGCGUGGCGGGGGUACAGGGGGAGACAAGGGGGUCAGGCAGCAUGGUGACCAGGAUGGGCUGGUGCUUGAGCUUCGGUCUGUGGUGUUUGAAAACCCCUGAUUGUCCCUGGCUGUGGCACUGGCAGACCCCGCGGUGGCAUCGCACCGGGACCAUCGGGCUGGGACCUUCGUGCUCCGCCGGCCUUUUCCUUCCUUUCUUUGGACCUUGCUGACAGGGAACUACCUCAACGCGCGGCCUCCGAGGGCAGGUGAUGGGGAGGGUGACAGCACACGGGGCUCGUCCCACAUGGGCUGGGGAGAGGCUGUGGGACUCGGCUGGAGCCAGUUGGCCCCGUCCGAAAGUGGGAGCUCCCUGGCAGCGACCCGGCCCGGGGGGGACACUUGUCACUGAGUCUGGGGGUGGCAGCUGCCAGGUGAUGGCUUUGUCCGGGCAGAGCGUGUAUAAAAGAGCCUGUUUCUCAGCACAGCGUCCCCCCGCUUCGCCUGGGUGACAUUUUCGGUGACCUGUUGCUGCGGGGAGGGAGGGGAUGUCCCCCGCGGGGAAGGGAUCUGCCACCUCCACGGCCAAGCCCAGGGGAUUUCCCUCGGAUCCCGGCGCGUUCCCGGGGUGCGUGGCAGGGGCAGGGGCAGGGGCACAUCCCCCCGAGGGACAGAGCGAUUUAUUUGCUGCUUCAGGCCCCAGCGAGCGGCCGCGCUGGGCAGGGGGAUGCAGCGGGGCCACCUCUGCCCCUCCCCGCAAUAAGCACACACACAGCGGUCGUUUUAGGAGGAGAAGUUGCCAUUUUCGGUUGGAUGUUUUUUUCAACACCCGUAGGGUCUCGGCCUCCCUCGAACGCCCAAGCACUGGAGAUGGGUUCUGGGGUUCGCCGUGCGGGGGCCGAGCGCUCCGCCGCCCCCCGGGCCUGGCUGGUGAGGGGGGACUGGGCGCACCCAUUAACUCAGAGCACACGAGCCAUUAAUGUGACGUUUGCACCUGAUGAAAUUGCACUAAUUGCGGUGGGACCCCCCGCCGCGCGCGUCCCGGCCCCGGGCCAGGCGGGGGGGAGCGGGGAGACCCCCGAGGGCCGGGGGGGGGGGG